AUGGGCAACUGCUGCUCCACGGAGGCGGCGGCGGUCGUGACGCGCCGCUCGGGCGGCGACAAGGACGACGUGCAGGCCGUGGCCGUGCCCUACGCCGCGCUGCCGCCCUCCCCGCACAAGUACGCGGACACGGAGGACACGGAGCCGCGCGCCAAGGACCAGGAGCGGGACGACGCAGACGCAGAGGAGCAGCCGGCGUCGCGCUCGCCGUCGUCGCCCUCCACGGGCUCGUCGCCGCCGCAGGAGGCCGACGCCUUCGCGCCAGCGGCCGCGCACCGGCCCAGCGCCAAGCACCUGGAGAACACGCACCACGUCAAGGUGGGCGACUACAACCUGCGCUACUCGUACUACUCGAAGCGCGGCUACUACCCGGAGGCGCGCAAGAAGGCCAACCAGGACAGCUACUACUGCGAGACGCACUUCGCCGGGGACGACCAGAAGGCCUUCUUCGCCGUGUUCGACGGCCACGGCCAGUACGGAGACAUCUGCUCGCAGUUCGCGGCCGAGCAGCUGCCCGAGAACAUCAUCAAGAACCUCGAGGACAACAUGGGCAUCCUGCCGGCUCUCACCAGGGCCCACGUGCAGACCAACCGAGCGAUGCAUGAGGCGAGUUUCGACGACUCCAUGAGCGGCACGACGUCCAUCUCCGUGCUGUUCUGCGGCAACGAGAUCCACGUCUCGAACGUGGGCGACUCGAGGGCCAUCAUCGCUCAGGAGAACCUCAAGGCCUCGACUCGGGAGGGUGAAGCCAACUUGGUGGCCAAGCCACUGUCCAUCGACCAGACGCCCUUCCGCAAGGAUGAGCGGGUUCGUGUUAAGAAGUGCGGAGCGCGUAUCUUGACGGUGGACCAAGUGGAAGGUCUGGAGCCUAUCCACGAGAACUGGGGCCUAUCCCUCGGUGACGAGAUCGACGAGAAUGGAGACCCUCCGCGCAUCUGGCAUCCCUACGGACAGUACCCCGGCACUGCGUUCACGCGCAGUAUUGGCGACUUGGUUUCCGAGGAGUUGGGCGUGACGGCUGAGCCCGAAAUUCUGUGCAAGGGACUGAAUCCCCAUGACAAGUUCAUCAUUAUUGCGAGUGACGGCGUCUUCGAAUUCCUCACGAGCCAAAAUGUGGUCGAUAUCGUGAAGCAGUAUGAGAACCCUUCAGAAGCAUGUCACGCUCUGGUUGAGGAGGCGUACAACCGCUGGCUGCAGUUUGAAGUGCGCACGGAUGAUAUUACCGCUAUCUGUAUUUUCCUGGAUGGUGUUACGCCAGCAAAGGAGCGCGAUGGCCCUCGUGGAAGUAUUUACGUUGGUGGCGAGGUUCUGGAUCUUCAGUCGAUGCAAAGGCCUGUGCGUGGUAUCACGAAAAACCACGCGCGCAGGAAUACGAUUGUCGGAACGGAUGCCAUUCGUUUAUCGUUGGCGGAAGCAUUCAUGGAUGAUGACGAGCCUGGACAAUUUCCGACUCUGGCUGAAAGCGAGGGUAAGUCGGAGGAGGAAGAGGAGUGGAUCAAGAAGGCUGUUCAGGGCAGCUUUUUAUUCAACCACCUAAGCGACAAAAAGAUUCACGAAGUGAUCUCCGUGCUGAAGAAGCUCGAGUUUAAUGCCGGUGACAUCGUGAUGCGUCAAGGUGUACCUGGCGACACGUUCUAUUUGGUGGAGACUGGCGAGUUUGAGGCUCGCCAUCUCAAGGACGAAACCCCUGAGUUUUCACCGGAGAACGAUUCCUCCCCAGAAGUGUAUGGCGACGUGGUUCAACUUUACAAGGCUACGCCGGACUCCCACCCGACGUUCGGUGAGCUGGCGCUGAUUUACCCGAAGCCUCGUGUUAACACUGUGAUUACGAAGGAGAAGGGUACGCUGUGGGCGCUUGAUCGGAUUGCCUUCCGCUCCAUUUUGAUGCGUGGCCGACCUCUGCGCGACGUCGUUCGACGCCUGCGCCAGAUCAGCUUGCUGCGCCCACUGACGGUUGCCCAGACGAACCUUGUUGCAGAGGAGAUGCGCACUGUGGUGUUCGAGCCCAACCAAGUCGUUCUCCACGAGGGCAUGACGGAACCGGGCUUCUUCCUCAUUACGAGCGGUCGAAUCGAGUCGACGUCCAAGAUGGAGAAUGUGGCGCCACUCGAACUGAAGACGUUUGACUAUUUCGGUGAAAUCUCGCUUGUUCGAAGGCGUUCGAUCAGCCAACGUUCCAUCCGAGUAAUUGAGCGCACGGAGUGCCUCUUCAUCAGAAAGGAUGCACUUGAGCUGGCUGUUGGUAAGCUGUCGUCCAUCCUCGAGAAAGACAAGCUCCGUCGUUCACGCAAAACCAGAAUUUCGGAAGCUCAAAAAGAGGCAACGGCGAAAACGUUUGUCGAAUUCGACAACGAGGCCAAAACGCAGGCGCCUAAGUCUGUCGAUGAGGUGGAAGUUGUCGGAAGCGUGAUGUCGGAUCUGACCAACACUGUCCGCCUGGUGGAAGUCAAGGGCUCGUCCCCGCCAACGUACUUGACGCUGAGGUCGGUAAGCAAGCAGGCAAUCGUGGACGCUGGAAUGCAGAAGCACGUCAGCGGUGAACGCGAUAUCUACGUUUCACUGUACGAAAAAAACGCGCUGGUGCCCCAGCUUCUGGCCAUGAACUCGAACGACUCGGACAUCCACAUGCUUUACGAAACGCAAAUCGUUGGCACUCUCGAGAGUUUCUUGGACGGUGAACCUCAUGGCGAAUCCUUCGUCCGCUACUACGCUGCUCAAGUGGUGAUGGCUCUCGAGUUCAUGCAUGCGGAGGGCGUUGUCUCAAGAACGGUUGACCCAACGAAUCUGAUGGUUGACCGCAGCGGAAACCUUCGCAUGAUCAACCUGAGUAGACUCUCCAAGUAUGUUGGCCGCGGGAGAACCUACACUGUCUGUGGUACCCCCGAGUACCUCGCUCCGGAGCAGAUCACGGGUGAAGGCCACAACAUCGCUGCCGAUUACUGGGCACUAGGCGUGCUCAUGUACGAAAUGCUGACUGGCGCGACGCCCUUUACUCGGGAGAACGAGAACGACCUCGAGAUUCUCAACGACAUCGCAUCGUUCCGCCCGGACCAGCUGUCGUGGCCCGAGCACACGAGCGCCGAGCUGAAGGAUAUCAUUGAGAGCCUGUUGAGCCCGGACCCCGCAAGACGCCUCGGAUACUCCGAAGUCCGCGCCGGCGCCUGCGAGCCGAUCAAGAAGCACGCGUUCUUCGCUGGAACGUCAUGGGAGGCCACAAAGAUGGGCUCCUUCUCGGCGCCGCUUGAGCCGGAAGCCGCAGCAGAAUUCAAGCAGAUUGCGGCAAGUGGAAGCCAAGAAGACCUCAACAUCGGCAGCGUCUACACGGGCGACGUCGACUGGCUCGCUGGCUUCUAGACGUGUAUGAAUUCGCCGCUCGCAGAAGCUGAUCGCUAGCACGACGACAGCCGAAAGCGAGCUGCGCCAAACCACCAAAAAUUGAAGUAUUUGUUCUUGCUACC